CUCCGAUACCCCACCCACGUCGCCGCCACCCCCCUGCCGUCCUACAUCGACUGGCUCCGACUUUCCUCCGUGGUCACCCUUUCCUGCGGUCCUAGCCUCUCCCUCCCCUGCGGCCUGACUCGAGACGGCCGUCCCGUGGGACUGCAGAUGAUCGUUUAG